AUGAAUUCUCUAAUAAGAAGAGGAAUUUACCCGCUUUAUUGUAAUACUUUCAAGUUAUCGACGCGCUAUUUCGCUGAUGAAGCGGUAAAGGAGAAGAUAGAUCAAAUAGUUAAAAAUAAUAAAGUGGUUGUAUUCAUGAAAGGAAUUCCUGACGCCCCGCGAUGUGGCUUCAGUAAUGCAGUUGUACAAAUCAUGAGAAUGCACGCUGUUCCAUAUGAAAGUCUUGAUGUUUUAUCAGAUGAAAAUAUUAGACAAGGUAUAAAAGAUUACUCAAAUUGGCCAACAAUUCCACAAGUCUUCAUUAAUGGAGAAUUUGUUGGUGGAUGUGAUAUAAUGCUUCAAAUGCAUCAGUCAGGAGAGCUUGUAGAAGAAUUAAAGAAAGUUGGAAUUAAAAGCGCACUCCUCACAGCUGAAGAGUCAAAGAAAGAAGGAGCUUAA